AUGGAGAAAGAAACAGCGACCACUCAAACGACUGAGCACGUCGACAAAGUGCCGAACGCUAGCUCUGUUGGAGCAAAAGAAACUCGCGUACUCAACGUUGCCUACAGCGAUGCCAUUGCCAAAGACAAUCAGUCCCCAUGGGCUGCUACCAUGCUCAAGCUUUACGCAAUCGUUGCACUUGUCACUAUGAAUAACUGUGGUAACGGCUUCGAUGGCACCAUCAUGUCAUCUGUCAAUGCUAUGGAUCCUUUCCAUGACUAUUUUGGCACCUCGAUGCAGGGCGCUUCAAUCGGUGCUGUCUUUGCCUUGUACAAUGUUGGUCAGAUAGUCGGUUGCUUCGUGGCAGCCCCUGCCUCUGAUGGUCUGGGUCGUCGCAAAGCUAUGGCUUGUGGUUCAGUGUUUCUUAUCAUCGGUGCGGUCAUACAAGCUGCAGCCAUGAAUAUCGGCACCUUCAUGGCAGGGCGCUUCUUCCUGGGAUUCGGCUGCACUCUCUCGAUGACAGCUGCUCCUAUUUAUCUUGUGGAAUUCGCUUAUCCUUCGUGGCGCGGCGCGCUCUCUGGCCUAUACAAUGUCUUCGGAUGGUAUAUUGGGUCCUUAGCAUCCACCUGGACCGCUUAUGGCACUGGUCGACUCACCACCAACUGGUCCUGGAGAAUUCCUAUCAUGAUCCAGAUCGUGCCAGCCCUCAUCGUGUUGUGCUUUGUCUGGUUUAUCCCCGAAAGUCCACGCUGGCUGACCCUCCAUGGCAAGUCUGACGAAGCACGCGCGGUCCUCAUCAAAUACCACGGCGCUGGUAAUCCCGACUCGGCCGUCGUAAAUCUAGAAAUCGAUGAGAUGCACGAACAAAUCAACACUCAAGCUGAGAUUGAGGCUGGGCAAAAGUGGUGGGAUUACCGCAUGCUCGUCAAUAACAAAGAGAACCUAUACAGGAUGUACUUGGUAUUUUUGGUUGCUGUAUUCAGCCAGUUUAUCGGCGGCUCAGUCAUCACUUAUUUUUUGCCAGUGAUUCUAGAGAAUGUCGGCAUCACAAGCUCGUCCCAGCAGCUGCUCUUGAACGGGGUCAACGUCAUCUUUGGGUUCCUCAGCGGCACGGCUGGAUCGUUCUGCGUUGAAAGUUUUGGGAGACGUCAAUUGUUCCUUUGGGGUACCUUCUUGACAGGCAUAGUCUACAUCCCCAUUAAUGUGAUUGCUGCCAAAGCCGAUGGCCAUGUUAGCACGGCGGCCGGGUAUGCCUUCAUUGCCAUGAUCUUCCUCUACGGAAUCAUUUGGUCCUUCUGCUGGACUCCACUGCAAGCCCUGUAUCCUACCGAAGUUUUGCGCACCGACAUUCGCGCCAAAGGCAUGGCUACAUCGAGCCUUUUCAGCGGUGUCUCGGGUUUCAUAAAUACCUAUGCCACACCGGUGGCUCUGCAAAACAUAGGGUGGAGAACUUACACCGUCUUUUUGGUUCUUCAUUUUGUGCAGUGGGGACUGAUGUGGCAGGCAAUUGUUGAAACCAAGGGACGUUCUCUUGAAGAGCUUGAUGAGAUUUUUAAGGCGGCUAAGCCGGUCAAGGCGUCCAUGAAACGUCAUGAAGUCAUCAUCCAUUCGGGUAUUGGUAUCACCACCGAUCGUGGAGAGACGGAUGCUUGA